AAUACAUAUUUCAGGGGAUCGUUGGAUAAGAUGCCACACCGCCAAUAUUGGAGGUGUCAGAAAAUACGUAACAUGGUUUUGAUGAAUUCUUUGAUAUUGGGUUGUGGCAGUUAAUGAAAUGGAGUUUGAGAGUCCGGACGUAGAAAAGGAAUUCCCGGGUCUAUUUGUGUCGGGGACAGAAUUUGAAGAUCGUGACGGGGGUCGGCGGCGCCGGGAACGUAAGGACAGAGGUUACGCAGCGUUAUCAGGUGACAGUAGUCCUGAGAAGGAACAUCCAGAAACGAAAAGUCCCAUUCGAUGCAAGCGAAAGGCUUUUAAAUUUGCAGGACGUAAGGAAAAACGCGACAAGUCACGGCCGCAGCCUCCACCUGUAUUUGGCGUAGAUCUUGAUACUGCUGUGCGCCGAUUACCAUGUCUAGAUGGUGUUGCACUGCCAUUACCUCUUCGACACUGCUUGGAUUGCCUUCGGGAACAUUCUGGAACACGUGUAUCACCUACUCCUGCACAUAAAAUCACAGUGGUAGAACUACGAGCUCAAUAUGAUGCCCGAUGCCUAGAAACGCCAGUCAUGUGUCCACCAGUGGCUUGGGAACUUUUACGCCUUUUUUUGGCUUCUCUACCUCAACCACUUUUGCCAUCAAAUAUAACCGCACAGCUGUUAGGAACUGGUGCAUCUCAAAUAACAGUCGUCAAUUCACUUCCAGAGAUACAGCGGACAGUUUUGGCUUGGUUGGUUCGUCAUAUGGAUGCCUUUGAAGCUCGCCAUUGCUCAAUAGCAGUGUUAAAUGCUGCUGCACGUUUGCCACCACGUCUCCUUUUUCGACUACGCGAUCAAGUUGAUGAACUGUUUGAUUGGUGUCAACCUGUGAUACACGUGGAACCCCUCACAGGUACAGCAACUCCGCCACUACCUGAACAUCCAAUGGUGCUUGCAGCUGAAAUUGGACGCCAGGAACGUCUUUUGGCACUUAUUCACAGAGAUAUGGGCGAAGGGUUCACAUGUGAAGCACGUGAAGAGCAAUUGUGGUGUGUACAGAGAAUUGUAACACACUUGAAACGUCGUCUCAGACUUGCGCGCCUACAGUGGAAUACCGAAGUAGACUUGUUGCUUCCACACUCUGGUCACCCAAAUGCUAAUGAUGUAAUCCGCCUACAAAUUGAGUAUCGUUUAUUGAGAGCUACUGCAGUUAAAUUACAGCACCGUCUUGCUAAUGCAACUACAGAUUUGGUACUUAUGCAAAAUGGUACAUCUCCGCCUGUAACCGACGAGAACUGGGAGCCGAUAGUAGCCGACAACGCAUCUUUAUUAACAAAGGCUAGGAUAUUAGCUGAAAAUAUUCAUAAUAUUUACAUGGAUCUGCUUCAACUUCAAGUAAACGCUACCAUAGAACAGGAAUCACUUUUGACACCAAGCGAAUAAAUCACUGCAAUUGAUUUGAACACCGGUCAUUCAAUUAAAUUUAAACUUUUUC